GAAAAAAACCAUACAAACAAGCAGGUGAUGCUUUUAUUUUUGAAGGCCGUACCGGAAACGUGUCAGUACUCGGGUCAGCCUGACAGUUUCGUGUCGUGCCUGAGAGGACUGUGGUGAAGUCUUGCAGCGGUUCAGACUUGAAGAGUGACAACUUACGACGGCGAGUGCUCUUCAUGUGUUUGCUCGUGGCUCUUCCCGGUUCUCUGGACGGAGGCGACAGCCGUUGCUCUGAGCUCACACAGCCGUUAGGUUCGUUUACUCGCCGGGACGAGCCCAACCGCCGUCCCCCCUGCCAGGUUAGCUUGGAUACUCAAGGACAUUUUAACUUUACGGUAGCUACUUUGGCCUUUUUCUGUCGAUUGAGGAAAUCCAGCGUGUGUUUCUCCGGCUCAGCGAUGUGGCCAGAUUUUGUAAACACGGACAGAAACGGCGGCUGAUACCCACCACCACCACCUUCCUCCCCACCUCGACUGAUGAUGUUUCUCUCCGCGUCAUCUUUACAUGCCGUACCCGCACCCCUUCCUCUGCCGAAGGGCCAAACAAACGGCGACGUGAAGGAAAUCAGUUGCUGACUUUUCGAUGCGUUCAUCUCCAUUAUGGCAUCGUUCCCCGACCUCCUCGUCAAGUCGGCGGCUGCUUCCUGCUGAAAGACAACCGCGUUGCUGCUGAAAGUGGUGACACCCCCCCUCCUCCUCCUCCUCCUCCAUCUCCACCAACCAAAAAAGAAAAAGAAAAACCCGGAGAAAGACCAAUGAACUUUGAUUUCGCCCGAGCGCUGCUGGAGAGUGCUGAAGCCAGAGAGGUGCAUCAGCGGCGUGCAUCAGGUCCAGGAACCAUCAAUGUGGACUUCAGCUGGUGAUUUGACAGUUCACAUAUAGGAGCCUCCCCCCCAGAGUCUCUCCUGUCCCCUUCCCCCCUCCCUUCCCUCUGUCCCCCCCUUCCCCCUUCCCUUGUCAUUCUUUUCCCCCAAUCCCCCUUUUACCUCACCUCUAAUUCACCAUGCUUAUCAAGGAGUACCGCAUCCCCAUGCCCAUGAGUGUGGAGGAGUACCGCAUUGCCCAGCUCUAUAUGAUCCAGAAAAAGAGCCGAGAAGAGAGCUGUGGCGAAGGCAGCGGGGUUGAGAUUCUAGAAAAUAAACCCUACACAGAUGGACCGGGUGGGACGGGCCAGUACACCCACAAGGUCUACCAUAUUGGCAUGCACAUUCCCAGCUGGUUCCGCUCCAUCUUGCCCAAAGCAGCACUGAGGGUUGAAGAGGAGUCCUGGAACGCCUACCCUUACACCCGCACCAGAUACACCUGUCCCUUUGUUGAGAAGUUCUCUAUUGACAUUGAGACCUACUACAAACCAGACACAGGCAACCAGGCAGAUGUCUUCAACUUGUCUGCAGCAGAGAAGAGGCAGAGGACUAUUGACCCAAUCGACAUAGUGACAGAUCCUAUCCCCCCUCAUGAGUACAAAGCGGAGGAGGACACGCGGCUCUACAAGUCAGCCAAGACCCAGCGGGGUCCACUGCAGGACGACUGGAUAGAAGAGUACAACAACAACCCGGGGAAGACCCCCAUCAUGUGUGCCUACAAACUGUGCAAGGUGGAGUUUCGCUACUGGGGCAUGCAGUCUAAGAUUGAACGCUUCAUCCAUGAUGUUGGACUGAGAAAGGUGAUGGUGCGUGCCCACCGGCAGGCCUGGUGCUGGCAGGAUGAGUGGUACGGUCUGACCAUGGAGGACAUCCGGCAGCUGGAGCUGGAAACCCAGCUGGCCUUGGCCACCAAGAUGGCCCAGUUCAGUCAGGCGGAGGAGGCCACAGAGGCCAACGGAGGUGCUCCGUCUCCGGACAAAGAGCAGGAGGCUAAAGAGGCGAUCAGCUCCAUUGAAGCUGAAGAGGUGGUCGUCAGCCAAGGAGGAGAGACUCUCCAGCCACGAGGAGUUCUCACCAAGCAGUGGUCCACUUCAUCCCGAUCCUCCCGCUCAUCCAAGAGAGGAGUGAGCCCAUCACGUCACAGCAUCUCGGAGUGGAGGAUGCAGAGCAUAGCGCGAGACUCAGAAGAAAGCUCGGACGAAGAGUUCUUCGAUGCUCAUGAGGAUCUCUCAGACGGCGAGGAGGUCCUGCCAAAGGAAAUCGCCAAGUGGAAUUCCAACGACCUCAUGGACAAGAUUGAAGCUGCCGAAGCCGAGGAAACUCCUGGUGAGCUGUUCAAGGAAAUGACUAUGGAUUAUGAAAGAGCAGCCAGUGAGGAAAGACUAGAUGAGAUGCGUGGCUCUGUUAGCGGCAAAGCCGAUAGCUCACCCAUUCCCACCAUCAUGAUAACAAGGCACCAGUCAGAGAGCUCGUCCCAGCAGUGUCUGCAGCCCUCCAAGAUCCACGUGCUGAUCUUGGUUCUGCACGGAGGGAACAUCCUGGACACAGGCGGAGGCGACCAGAACAGCAAGCAGGCCGACGUCAACACGAUUAGUACGGCUUUUGACACAGUCAUGCGUGUCCACUACCCCGCUGCGCUGGGACGCAUCGCCAUCCGCUUGGUACCUUGCCCUGCCAUCUGUGCCGAGGCCUUCUCCCUGGUGUCCAACCUGAGCCCGUACAGCUACGAUGAGGGUUGUCUAUCGAGCAGCCAGGACCACAUUCCCCUGGCGGCCCUCCCCCUCCUCGCCACCUCGGCUCCGCAGUACCAGGAGGCCAUGGCCACCGUCAUCGUCAGAGCCAACCAGGUGUACGCAGACUUCAUUAAGUCUCUGGACGGGGCAGCCUUCUCCGGCCAGGUAUGCCUCAUUGGGGACUGUGUGGGAGGAAUAUUGGGAUUCGAUGCACUGUGCAGUAGCAAUCAGACAGUUAAUGAAAGCCAGAACAGCAGUCGUCGGGGCAGCGUUGUCAGUGUGCAGGACCAGGACCUCCUCUCUCCCGGCAUCAUUGUCAACAGCGGGCACGGCUCAGCCUCUCCCACCCUGGAGGGCAGCCGCCACCUCAGUCGCAGCAACAUCGACAUCCCCCGUGCCGGUACAGGUGACGACAACAAGAGACAGCUGCCACGCAAGAGAAGCGACUCCUCCACCUACGAAGUGGACACGAUAAAACAACACCAGGCCUUCCUGACCAGCUUACACUCCAGUGUCCUCAGGAACGACACAACCUCACGCAGGUCGAGCAGCAGCACUAUGCUGGAUGGAGGCUCCCUGGGGAAGUUUGACUUUGAGGUGUCCGACUUUUUCCUCUUUGGCUCUCCGUUGGGUUUGGUACUCGCCCUGAGAAAGACUGUCAUUCCCAUGCUGGAUGUGGCUCAGCUGCGACCUGCCUGUCAGCAGGUCUACAACCUGUUCCACCCUGCUGAUCCCUCAGCCUCUCGACUGGAGCCUCUGCUGGAGAGGAAAUUUCACCUCCUGCCUCCCUUCAACGUGCCCCGAUAUCAACGCUUCCCCCUGGGAGACGGAAACUCCGCCCUACUGGUGGAGACAGUCCAGAGCAACGCUCAGCUGCUACUUGACAGUGGGCCUCCACUGUCCUUUCGCUGUCAGGAGACCAUCAGUGAGACCUGCAUCCCUGUGCCUGUGCUAAACUGGCAGGAGGGCUCCCUCAAAGCCACACCCGCCACUAUGGAGUCGGAUGUUGUUCAGUCUCAUGGUGGUGUCUUCAUGGACAGUUCGUACCCCUCAUCCCCCGUAACGGGCCCCCUCUCCCGGGGCCAGCGGAGGGCCAGUGAGGUCAGCAUUGCCAGCCAGGUCUCAGGAAUGGCAGACAGUUACACUGCCUCCAACAUAGCCAACACCAAUUCAUGCCAAAUUAACCAAUCCAAAAAGUUCAGCCUUUUGUCCCAACUUGCCUUAUCGUCACAAACCAAAUUCUUCCUGAAAAGUCCUCCUAAGACCCGUAAGAAAGCAGGGGCUGGCCAGGCCACAGGAUUUCCUGAUGCUCAUCUAGCGGCAGAGCUGGACAGUGAGGCAGAGGCUAGUGAAGGUCAAAGUCCCCUUGGUCAGUACGAGAACUGCCUGUCAGCUGGGCUGGACUUUGCUAUAUCCGAUCUGGUCUCUCUGGACUCCCAGGCGGAAGUGGAGCAAGUUGCAGCACGGUGGUGGGGCACAAAGCGGCUGGACUUUGCCCUGUACUGCCCCGAUGCUUUGACCGCUUUCCCCACCGUGGCUUUACCACACCUCUUCCAUGCAUCCUACUGGGAGUCCACAGAUGUUGUGUCUUUCCUCCUACGACAGGUCAUGAGGCAUGAAAACUCCAGCAUCCUGGAGCUUGAUGGCAAAGAAGUGUCUGAAUUCACCCCCUCCAAGCCUCGAGAGAAGUGGCUCCGAAAGAGGACUCAUGUGAAGAUCAGGAACGUGACUGCCAACCACCGUGUGAACGAUGCAGUGUUUACAGAAGACUCCCAGCAGGUCGUGACGGGUCGCUUCAUGUACGGUCCUCUUGACAUGGUUACUCUGGCUGGGGAGAAGGUUGACCUGCACAUCAUGACCCAGCCUCCGUCAGGAGAAUGGGUUUACUUCAACACAGAGGUGACCAACAGCAGUGGCCGUGUGUCUUUUGUUAUCCCAGAGGACAAACGUCUUGGAAUCGGAGUCUACCCGGUCAAAAUGGUUGUCAGAGGCGACCACACAUUUGCAGACAGCUACCUGACAGUUAUUCCAAGAGGCACAGAGUUUGUGGUCUUCAGCAUCGACGGGUCGUUUGCUGCCAGCGUGUCGAUCAUGGGCAGUGAUCCCAAAGUGCGGGCAGGAGCUGUGGAUGUUGUCAGGCACUGGCAGGAUUUAGGCUAUUUAAUCAUCUAUGUGACAGGACGACCUGACAUGCAGAAGCAGCGGGUGGUGGCUUGGUUGUCUCAGCACAACUUCCCUCAUGGUAUUGUCUCCUUCUGCGACGGUCUGGUCCACGACCCGCUGAGACACAAGGCCAACUUCCUCAAAGCCCUGACAGAGGCACACUUGAAGAUUUUCGCUGGCUACGGAUCAACCAAAGACAUCUCAGUCUACACCUCCAUUGGUCUCCCUUCCUCACAAAUAUACAUCGUUGGUAGACCCUCCAAGAAGAUGCAGCACCAGUGCCAGUUCAUCACAGAGGGAUAUGCGGCUCAUUUGUCCCAGCUGGAGUACAACCACCGCUCUCGGCCAGCCAAGUCCAGCAGCGCACGCAUGGUGCUCCGUAAAGGCAGCUUCGGCUUGGGCGCAAACAGCGACUUCCUGAGGAAGAGGAACCACCUGCUGCGCACCAUCUCCUCCCAACCGGCCCCCAGCUCCCCAACAGGGAGCAUCCACAACCGACCAGAACGCACACAGAGCCAAUCAGACGGGGAGCGGCUGGAGAGCGUUCACAGCCACAGCCAGGGAGCGACACAGCGCAGCAUGAGCAUCACAGCCAGCUGCUGGGGUCGCAGCAGCAGCACCAAGCUGGAGCCCGGCAUUUUCAGCCCCAAAUGAGAUGAGCAAGACAAUGUCCCUUCUGGAGAGUGACUUAAAAAAAACCAUACAGGGCUGAGGAAGAGACUCCUGACAAAUACACAAGCAAAGAGUAAGAACAGUUUGCACCAGAUGGGUAAAUACCACAAGAUAAACAACAGGUGCUACAAACAGCUCUUUAUAAAAACUAAUGCCAGUCACACUCAACACCAAUAUUUAUGGACAGGGGCUGUAUUUAUUACAAAACACACACACAACUCAACAGGCAUUUCAAGCAUCUUCCUGAAACAGGAACAUGCACACAAGUAGUCAUAGCUUAUAUUCUAGGAAUCUAGACUGUUUCUACUGUUUAGUAAAUAUUUAUCAGUCUUGAAUACAAGGUCAGCUUUUCCUCCUACAACAGGCUUUUAGACUGGAGAAGGUCACACAUACAAGCGCCCCCAUGCGAGAACACAAACCGGCUACAGUCGGCCAGUAUCAGAUCCAAGAUACUGAGCUGUAACUGCCAACUGCAAGCACAACAAUUACUAAAGAGAUCAACUUUGAGCAUUAUGGUUUGAAAACUAUGUCAUUUUUACGUGAUAAUCAGACAAGUUCAGGUCUCGGAGCAGAGCUGAGAAUCGGGUAGAACUGGACUGUGUUUGUUUUGCGGGUGUGACCGAACAAACACACAAGUAUUUAAACGAAAAUUGAUCUCUCCUGGAUUUUCUUUAGGUCGAGCAUCAUCAUUUUGAAACAUUUAAAAACAACAUGAAAUGAUUCGGGAAUACUUGUCGCAUUGACUUAAUAAUAAUCGAACCACACAGUCCAGUUUUGCUCGCUUCGUACUCGUCCCUCAGACCAAAGAACCGUCCGGGUAUCACACGAAGCAAACAGCGAAAUGACCCUUUAACUAUGUUUGCAGCUGAAACUUGUUCCUGGGAUUUUUUAGCUUUUCACCACAUGUGAUCAUAGUGCACUGACAGUAAAUAUAUGACUCAGCUAUAGGGAAGAAAACUCCUACUACUGAACGUUAACGUGCCAAAGCAAACAGUGUAGAAUGAUACGCUGUACAUGACGAGGGAGGAAAUGAUUCGGGUCUCCUGUGUAAAAAUGAAAUAGAGUGUGUAAGUAUGUAAGAAUGCCUUAACAAGGCUUGUACAUAAUUGUUAUAUUUACAGUGCAGAUCUGGUAUCUGGUCCACUGAAGACCAGUUUUAAGUGUCUUCUUUACUCUGGGGGUAAACAUCACCUCAUUCAGGAUACACUUUAUUGAUUGAUUAAGAUAAUUGUUGUUAUUUAAGACUAUAGAUAUUUUAAAAUGUAUUGAUUUUGUGAACAAAAUGUGUUUUAAGAUUACUUUAGCUAUAUUGUUUUUUUAUUUUAUUUUAUUUUAUUUCUUUGAACUUCAGUUGCAGCAGCCAAAACUCAAAGAGGUCUUUGCCUGGCACAGUAUUGUAUUUUUAUGAUUUCUCUCUUGCGGAUCACCAGAAUUGUAUCAACAGAACUUCUAUAUCUCGUGUCAUAUAUUGUAUGUUUGUUAUUAUCUAUUUUGGAAAUUUGGGAUAUGGCUUCUCUCCGGUUAUCCCACAGCUGUAAAUGAGGCGUUGAAUGUGCUCAUAGAUAAUCCUCCUUAGGUUAAGGUCUCUUUUCUCUGUUCUGCUGCGCCUUUUAGAGGAAGAACAAUCUGCAAAUUGUAAAUUCUGUACAAUAUGCUGUCAGAAGUAGAUACACAUGGAGCUAGGAUUUACUUUAUGCUGUUCGCCAUUUAUUUCCAAAAGGGGUAGAAAUGUGUGAUUUAUUCAUUCACAAAAUGAUGUUUAUUUGUCCCUCUAACAGACAUGUACAGAGCUGACUGCAAUGGACCAAUAUGGGCUCAAAUGUAAGGGGAAACGUGCAAUAUUACUCAACCACACCGCAACAUCAGGCAGACCGUGUUGAGUGAAUGUCACUGUGCACUGACAAUCAGCUCAACAGGCGCAAGUGCUACUGACGUCAAAUUGCAGAGGGGUACCUGAACGCAUCUUACCACUCAACAAAGGCACAGGAACACAUCUGACAUUUUAAAAAAGGAGAGCAUUCACAGAAGAAGUGAUCAUGGUUUGAAAUAAUACAAUAAGCGAUCUUAACUUUAUGCUCUAGUGUGAAGGCCAAGAUAAAGUCACUUAAUUUAAAAGUGCCACAUGAUCGCACCCAGUUCACUAGUUCCAUCUGGCCUGAAAACAAAUCCAAACCCUUCACGGAGGUUUUGGUGUUUACCUCUUGACUGUGUUGGAGUUGUACAACGUAAAGGUCCAGUGUGUAGGAUUCAGGGGCAGAAGUGGAAUAUUUUAUUUUUCAUUUAAUGUAUAAUCACCUGAAAACUCAUGCUGUGCUCCUCAGAGGUAGGACCUUUAUAGAUUCAAAUUUCUGGGCACCACAAAUAGUUGACAAAAACCUUGGCCUACUGUGACAAAAUGAUCUUCAGCAACGUUAUACCUCAGGAGUUCAGCCCCUGUGCAUACAUAACAUGAAAAACAACAUGUGGUAACAGCCAAAUACAAAUACUGUUGUCUAAAAUGCAGCAUUUGUGCAUUUUGUUUCAUUUUCGUUACCAUAGAAUGAGGGACCAGGCUCUCUUCCACAUACUCUGCUGUGUCGCACCACCAUGUUUCCACAGAAGCCCAGAAUGGAGAAAUGAAACACUGGUUCUGUAAAGGGCCUUUUGCAUUUUCAGUAACCACCGUUAAGGAAGGUGGAAAAAAGGGAUAUUCAUUUGGUUGAAUCUGCCAAUAAAUCCUGCACAAAGGACUUUUAACAGAACAUUUUUGAGGCUGUAGUUUGUGCCGUUGUCGAACUUUAUUGUGUUCCACCGAGUGGUGUUUCUAUUAUUUUGGCUAUCCUUUUCUAAUUAAUGAGGGAAGGCUUAAAUCUCAAGGCUGAAAUACCUAUAACUUCUCCAACCAGGAGCUACCUGGUGAAGAAAGGUGCAAUUACCUGCUGUACUGCUGUCCCUCUGCAUUUUGACCACUUCAAAGAUUCGGCUUGAAGCCAUAUAUCUAAAAAAAAAAAAAAGCUGCUGAUUAAAUCAAAAGCUGUGUGUAUAUUAAUAGUAAUAAUAAGACAAAAAGGACAGACGAAGUUGUUAACUCCACCACCCUGUUCCCUCCCUCAGAGAUCUGGAUUACCUGGAUGACAAAAUCCAGAGAAUGUAAAGCAGUGCGGUUAUCCUCUGGGCAGACAGACACACACAUUACCAGAGGCCUUACAUUUCCCUUUUUUGCCUUACAUUGACCAUUGUGUUGCGAGGCCUAGAAUGAACGCUGCUCACUCCUGAAUUGACUUCACAAAAAGGAUAGACUGUUCAUGCAGACCUCAAUAGGAAAAGGCCAUAUUUUCUUAAAAGGCUUUGGCUUGCUUUACCUUUUGAAGGAAAUGUACAAAAGGAGAGAUCAGUUUGAUGUAUUUCCCCACCACUAGGCAGACCAUCACUAUCUCAAGCUUCGUUCCCCGGGGUUAAUGCAAUGCCACAACUGUUAGAUCGACAGUUAACGUUUAUAGGCUGUAUAUAUAUACACACACACACACACCACAUACCUUGGUAAAUAUUUUCAUUGUACAGGGUGUGAAUCUUGUAGGUUUUGGAUAACUUCAUUUUAUCCAUUCCCUUGUGUUUUUAUGUACAGUGUAUAAAGAACAUAUAAAGAACCACUCAGUCAUGUUGGCCUUUUUUUUUUUUUCUCCUGAAUUCAGUGGCGACAAUAUUAUAAAGUUUAGCUCAGUGACGAGGAGGGAAAAUACUUUGCAGUUCACUCAAAACUGUUUAUUUUAAAGAAUUCAGUCCGUACAAAUGAAGAUUCCUUCAGAGAACCAUAGAGAAAACAAACGUACAUACGGUGCCAGAACUUUUAAAAAGGUUUGCAGAGUCAGGGAGGAAGAAGAAAACACUGAGCUGCAUAAUGUCGUUGGUUUUACACGAGGAAGACGUUUGAAAGGCCAACAGUCACACAUCAACUGACAGAAUAACUAAGUGUAUUCUAGAUUUAUCACUGAACUGCUUUUUUUUUUUU